CCAUCUCAUCACCUGAACGCGUGAAGUAGAAAACAUAUUAGUCAAACUGACUGGUUAUUUCCAGUGCUUACUAACGAAAGUACAAUUUGCUGCAAAGAAAAAAUUACCGUCCAUUUCAACAAUAGGGUUUUGGACUUUGAUUCUGUCCACGGAAUUGGUCGAAGAUGAGGCAGAAACGAAGCAGCGAACUGAGGCAGCACCGCCGGCAGAACGGGUGGGGAAGGAAACACGGGUCCUGGAAAAUAAUCGAUCGAACACCUUGGAACCAUGAUGAUAAGUGGGUGGUAAUAGAUGGGUUUUGCGGCCUAAUAGAGCGGACGAUGAACAGGAGGCGGCAGAAGAAGACAUGAUAAAAGCUCGAUGAUGAAGUCUGGGUCUUAUCGCCGGCAUUUACACAGCUCCACUCUGUUUAUAAUACUCAGUGGUACUGUUCUUUGAACUUGGGAGGCGGUGGGUUUUGCUAAUUGAUUGAGUUUCGAUCUUGUACCAAUUAAUUCUAGGCUUAUAGAGAUUUGAUUAAAGAUAAUGAUGAUCAAUAGAGUCUUCCCUUUUUUUCAUUUUUUAUUGUCUAUCUCAUUUUCUAUUUUUUUUUUUGUUUUGUUUUGCCACGUACACAAUUUGCUCUAAAUCAACGGCCGUGAUCUAACAAUGCCCACAUAAGCCCAGGGGGAGCAACAUUUUGGAAUAGGAAUUCCUUAAACCCUGACUGAACCCUCACUGUUAACUAAUUUUCCGGGUUCCGGCCAGGGACCAAAUUUGAUUGCAAUGGCGUCUCUAAGGACCAAAGCCAACCCUCUCAUCUCAACCUUACCUCAUAUUCUCACAUGGCCCACCUUCCGAUUUCGCACCAUCUGCAGCGGCCGCCUUGGUUUUGCUCCCUAUUCCUCCACUUCCGCUUCGCCGGUUGAUUCCGAUACCCCCGUUGCCGGAGUGAAGUUUAUUGAGACUUUUAAGGAAGAAUUUGAAAUCGGGUCGCAGCAAAUUUCGCUUGAAACCGGGAAGAUCGCUCGUUUCGCUAAUGGAGCCGUUGUUUUGGCCAUGGAAGACACCAAAGUCCUCUCCACUAUCUCUUCGGCCCAGAGCGAUGGAGCUCGAGAUUUUUUGCCCCUCACCGUUGAUUACCAAGAGAAGCAAUUUGCUCAAAGUCUCAUUCCAAGUACUUUCAUGAGAAGGGAGGGUGCCCCAAAGGAGCGGGAACUUCUAUGCGGUCGUCUUAUUGAUCGACCUAUUCGGCCACUUUUCCCGCAUGGUUUUUAUCACGAAGUGCAGGUGAUGGCAUCCGUACUUUCUUCAGAUGGGAAGCACGAUCCUGAUGUGAUGGCUGCUAAUGCUACAUCUGCAGCCCUUAUGCUAUCAGAUAUUCCAUGGGGUGGCCCCAUUGGAGUAAUUCGCAUAGGGAGGAUUUGUGGUGAUUUCGUGGUAAAUCCAAGCAUGGAUGAGCUUAGCCUCAGUGAUCUCAAUUUGGUGUAUGCAUGCACAAGGGAUAAGACUUUAAUGAUAGAUGUACAUGCGCGGGAGAUUUCGGAGAAGGAUUUAGAAGCUGCACUUAGAUUGGCUCAUCCUGAGGCAGUGAAGUUUUUGGAGCCUCAAAUUAGGCUAGCUGCUAAAGCUGGUAAGCCGAAGAAGGAAUAUAAGUUAUCAAUGGUUUCAGAGCAGACUAAGGAGAAGAUCCGAAGUCUAGCUGAAGCACCAAUUGAAGCUGUUUUUACUGAUCCUACAUAUGGCAAGUUUGAGCGCGGAGAAGCCUUAGAUAGGAUUACUAAAGAUGUCAAGAAAGCUCUUGAGGAAGAAUGUGAUGAAGAAGGCUUGGUAGUGCUAUCAAAGACAGUCGACAAUGUUCGGAAAGAGGUUGUACGAAGAAGGAUUUUAACUGAUGGAUUAAGAGUUGAUGGAAGACGUCUUGAUGAAGUUAGACCUCUUUAUUGUGAAGCUGGUUACUUGCCUAUUUUACAUGGAUCGUCAAUCUUUUCGCGAGGAGAUACUCAGGUUCUUUGCACUGUAACCCUUGGUGCUCCUGGACAAGCUCAACGUCUAGACUCAAUUGUUGGUCCUCCAACCAAGCGUUUCAUGCUUCAUUAUAGUUUCCCACCAUUUUGUAUAAAUGAAGUAGGCAAACGGGUUGGCUUGAAUAGACGUGAAGUGGGACAUGGAACUCUUGCUGAGAAAGCAUUACUAUCUGUAUUACCUCCUGAAGAUUACCUGCGAUAUACUGUUCGAAUCAAUGCUGAAGUUAUGGCAUCUGAUGGUUCUACAUCGAUGGCAAGUGUAUGUGGAGGUAGCAUGGCGCUAAUGGAUGCUGGGGUUCAGAUAAAGGAACAUGUUGCAGGUUUAUCCAUUGGUUUAGUUAGCAAAAUUGACCCGGAAACUGGUGAAAUCGAGGACUACCGAAUUUUGACAGACAUCUUGGGUCUGGAAGAUCAUUUGGGUGAUAUGGACUUCAAAAUUGCUGGCACUCGAAAUGGAGUAACAGCAAUUCAGUUAGAUAUAAAACCUGCAGGAAUUCCCCUUGACAUAAUCUGUGAGUGCCUUGAACCUGCACGAAGAGGUCGACUUCAAAUACUUGAUCAUAUGGAACAAGAGAUUAGAGAACCGCGUACACAGGGGGAUAGAAAUUCUCCUCGAUUAGUAAUAUUGAAGUACAACAAUGAGGCAAUCCGUCGCUUGGUUGGACCUCUGGGUGCCUUGAAGAGAAAAAUUGAGGAAGAGACAGGUGGAAAGAUACUAGUGAGUGAUGGAACAAUUACAGUAGUUGCUAAAAAUCAAACAGUUCUGGACAAAGUACAAGAGAAGAUUGAUAUAAUAAUUGGUCGUGAGCUUGAAGUUGGUGGAAUUUAUAAAGGCAUCGUCAUGUCAAUUAAAGAAUAUGGUGCCUUUGUGGAAUUUAAUGGAGGUCAACAAGGGCUACUUCACAUUUCUGAGUUGUCAAAUGAGCACGUGAAUCGAGUUUCGGAUGUGGUUUCUGUUGGCCAGCAACUGUCUUUGAUGUGCAUAGGACAGGAUACCCGAGGAAACAUAAAGUUAUCUCUUAAAGCUACCCUGCCGGCAACUGUACCCAAAUUAAAAACUGCUCUUGGAAUCGAAGAGUUGAUGCAUCCUGCUGAAGAAAGGGGUAACAUUGCGGAAACUGUGAACCAAUUGCAAGAACAGCCGGGAACAGAGGAUCAUCUUCCAGAGGAUCAUCCUUUGGAAACUGCAACAAAGGAAGAACUUUCAUCUGCACCCCCAGCAUUUAUAAUACGGAGCGCUGCUGAGUGUGAUGAAGAGGAGAAAUCAUCUAAAGCAAAGAGUGGCGAUGUCUCAGAAUCCAAAGAUAGUCCGGAGCAGAAAGUGAGUGCAAAGAAUCUCAAGAUCGGGAUGGAGUUGACGGCGAAGGUUCAUCAAAUUCGUGCACGAGGCCUAGUCCUUGACUUGGGUGGUGGCAUUAAAGGGAUGUUUCGAUUCGAGGAUGGUUUGAAGAAGGAUUUUGAAGUUGGUGAGGAGUUACAGGUGAAAUGUUCGAGCUUUAGCAGCAAGGGGGUUCCGGUUAUGUGUUUGGUCUCAGACCAGAAGAAGUGAGGCAGCUGUGGGUGAUGCUGAGCUAGUUUUGGCAGUGACUGGCAUAUCCUGGGUUUACGAGUUUCAGAUUAACGGAUACCGCGAUAUAGUCCCGGCAGUAUGAGUGUAUAUUGGAGAGAAGCAGAAUUGACUAACCUUUGACGGUAGUUUUGUAAAUUAUGGAUCCACUCUCUUAUUCCAUCCAUCUCAGAUUAAGGAGCUUCGUGGGGAAACAGAUAUUUUUUUAGUGUAGUUGACGGUGAGGACUUGAACCCAAAAAGUAAUUUCCUUCUUAGGACCUGUAGUUUUCAUACUGUAUAAUUGUUUUAUUAAGCCAUUCUGUGAUUCAAGUUGUCGCUUAGAUCGGCGAUUGGGAGUCUCCCAUGAAGUGUUAACUUUUCAACAACACCAUCUCAUCCUUAUUUUUUGGUUCAAUUAUUAAAGACAAAAAAGAGAAGGGACUUUUGUUCCUUCAUUUGUUGACGAGAAAUUUUAAUGUGGAAG